CCUCUCUGACGUUGUCUCUCAUCGUUAACAGUUCUAGAAGAGAAUUCAAUUCAAGUUUUACGUUGAACUCGACCGGAUCGCCAUCGCCGUCGCCGUAGUAAACUCAGUCCGCCCCAAAGCAGAAUCGGAACGGCUUGUAAAAAGUUGUGUGUUGGAUAAAGAGUGAAGCGCAAAAGUUUUUCCUCCUUAAGACAAAAAAAAGAAGUUCGGGAAGCUUCUCCGGGGUUAGUGAAACGCCAAAGUGUCAAAGUUAUAAAAACAGAUUGAAAAAGCCCUGCAAGCAGAGGAAAAAUGGCAAAGUUUGCCACAAUCCUAGCGAUAAGUGCCGUCCUGUGGGGCUCCAUUGGCCUUUCGCUUGCACACACAUACAAAACGGGAGAAUGCCCAACGGUGGAACCCAUGAGUGGAUUCAAUAUGCAGCAGUUCCUCGGUGUUUGGUACGUGAUCCAAAAAACGGGAACCGCGUCGACCUGUGUCCUGUACAACAUCACCAAAAGCGACGAACCGGGCGAGUACAACAUCGAACAAGUGUCCCAAAAGGCCCCCCUCUCGGUUGCUCCCAUAAAGCACGAGUAUAGCUAUACCGGAACGCUGACUGCGACCGAUAAGGAUAUUCCCGCCCGGAUGACGGUACGGUUUCCGCUGAGUGUUGCUGGAUCGGCUAAGUUUAUUGUUUUCAUGACCGAUUACGACACGUUCGGGGCCGUAUUCUCCUGCCAGAAGAUUCCGUUCGGACAUCGUCAGAGCGCUACCAUUCUCUCGAGGACCCGGGAUCUCGACAAGAUUUAUGUGGAUAAGAUCCGCAACCGACUGGCCGGCUUCUCGGUGGAUCCGUUCGACCUGAGCAUAAUCAACCAAACUGGCUGCCCGAAGGAGGGAGAGGCCGGCUGGAACAUCCACAUCGAUCCGGAUACCUUUUCGGCCAAGAACAUUGCCAACAUGUUUCGCAAGGCCGGUGAAAAGAUCGGCGACGGGUUCGAGUACGCCGUGAACGCAGGCAAAAAGGUUAAUUUGUUCUAGUCGUCCUCAUCCAACUGUAGUACACGUCAUCAGCUUUCAAUUUAUCACCAGUAUGCGGAUUCCAGCACAGAGCAAGGCAGCGGUUCUUCCUCAACCGGCAAUCGAGCCGAGCGCUUGACCAUGAAACCGAAUCCGGACGCUGAAUGGCUUCCUUGAACCUGACCUGACCCGGUCGACCGGUAACGGACCGCUGAGGACCUGUUUUUUUUUUUACUCAAACUCAACUCAUAGACUAUAGAAGACAAGUUUUAUCCAUGUGCUUGACUCUACCGGUAAAAUAAAGGCAAUCGAAUCCACAUCAA